AUGGCGAUCACCGCCCAGGUUCCGGACAUCAUGGGCGAGCGCCAGUCCGGCCAGGAUGUCCGCACCCAGAACGUCUCGGCGUGCCAGGCUGUGGCCAACAUCGUCAAGUCGUUGCUCGGCCCAGUCGGACUCGACAAGAUGCUGGUGGAUGAUAUUGGCGAUGUCACGAUCACGAAUGACGGGGCCACCAUUCUGAGGAUGUUGGAGGUCGAGCAUCCCGCGGCGAAGGUUCUCGUGGAAUUGGCUGAGCUCCAAGACCGGGAGGUUGGAGAUGGAACUACCUCUGUCGUCAUCAUCGCGGCAGAGUUGCUGAAGAGAGCCAAUGAACUUGUGAGGAAUAAGAUUCACCCGACCUCUAUUAUUAGUGGCUACAGGCUUGCUAUGCGUGAAGCAUGCAAGUAUGUCGAGGAAAAGCUGUCUAUCAAGGUGGAUAAACUUGGAAAAGACUCUCUUAUAAACUGUGCAAAAACUAGCAUGUCCUCGAAACUGAUUACAACGGAUGAUAAUUUCUUUGCAAAUCUGGUUGUAGAAGCAGUUCAAGCUGUGAAGACUACAAACUCCAAGGGAGAAGUGAAGUAUCCAAUCAAGAGUAUUAAUAUUUUGAAAGCUCAUGGUAAAAGCGCCAAGGAAAGUUACCUGCUGAAUGGUUAUGCGCUGAACACUGGCCGUGCAGCUCAAGGAAUGCCUACCAGAGUAACCCCUGCUAGAAUUGCCUGUCUUGAUUUCAACCUUCAGAAGAUGAAAAUGCAAAUGGGUGUUCAAGUCCUUGUAUCUGAUCCAAGGGAACUGGAGAAGAUCCGUGAGAGAGAAUCUGACAUAACGAAGGAGCGAAUUGAGAAAGUUCUCAAGGCUGGUGCUAAUGUUGUAUUUACCACCAAGGGAAUUGAUGAUAUGUCAUUGAAGUACUUUGUUGAGGCUGGAGCAAUUGCAGUAAGACGUGUGCGUAAGGAGGAUUUGCGCCAUGUUGCCAAGGCAACAGGUGCAACAAUGGUGACUACUUUUGCUGACAUGGAGGGUGAAGAAACAUUUGAUCCAUCAUUCCUUGGACAUGCUGACGAGGUCGUUGAGGAAAGGAUUUCUGAUGAUGAAAUAAUUCUGGUGAAAGGCACAAAGAAUACAAGUGCGGUUUCCAUUAUACUCAGAGGAGCAAAUGACUUCAUGCUAGACGAGAUUGAACGGUCUUUGCACGAUGCACUGUGCAUUGUGAAGAGAACUUUGGAAUCCAAUACGUAUCUGCAUAUCUCGUCUGCCAUUUCACAUAAUAGUGCUAGCAUUAGAUAUUCUUUCCUGGUCGGUGAAUAUAGUUCUGUAGUUGCUGGUGGUGGUGCUGUAGAAGCUGCAUUAUCUGUGUACCUGGAGAAUCUUGCGACAACUCUUGGAUCCAGGGAACAACUGGCGAUUGCUGAAUUUGCAGAAUCUUUGUUGAUCAUACCAAAGGUCCUCGCUGUUAAUGCCGCAAAAGAUGCAACUGACCUUGUUGCAAAGCUUAGGUCAUAUCAUCAUAAAGCUCAAACAAAUGCUGAUAAGCAGCACUUAUCAAGCAUGGGUCUUGAUCUGACAAAAGGUGUAAUCCGCAACAACCUUGAACAUGGCGUCAUCGAGCCAGCAAUGAGCAAAGUGAAGAUCAUUCAGUUUGCCACAGAAGCAGCCAUUACCAUUGUGAGGAUUGACGACAUGAUCAAGCUUGACAAGGAAGAGUCUGGCCAAGAAGUGUAG